AUAUCAUAUAGGUCUAGACUAGAAAGUAUUGGUCCUGCUAUUAAGGUCAUCAAGUUGCUUAUUACCUAAUAAUACUUAUUUAAUUGUGAUUUUGCCUUGGAUUUUAGUCGAUGAUCGUUGAAAAAUACUUUGUACUUGUUGCUUUUCAAAAUGAGUUUAAACUGCUGGACAUCAGUUCGUCGCAGGAACGUAUGUCACUCUAAAUAAAUCCAGCGUGUAUAACUGCUUCAUUGAUGCUUCAAUUUCACCGGCGUGACGUCACGGAUGUGAAAAUUAGCAGCACACAAAACGAGGGUAUUCGGUCGACCUUAGUGCACAGUCAAAAUACAAGUCUUAUCGUUAUCACGAUCACUUGGGACACAUGGGUGUCCACGUCCGCGUUCAUUAGAAGCAGUGCAUCCGUCAAAAUGGACGUGUUCGACGAGUGGAGCGAACUCGCUGAUGACUACAAACAAUUGGAGAAGCAAAACGAGGCGUAUCUGUCGCAAUUGGCCGCCUUGAGUGCUGUGCAAGAGAACUGUUUGAAGAAAAUCGCCCAUCAAAGGUACAGGAUCGGUGUCAUCUCUAAAUAUCUGAGGGAAUUGGAACGGAAACCGCGGAACAACAAUGAGCAUUUGGAGAAAGUGGAAAAGUUGAAGAACGACAUCCUAAAACGUGAAGUUGAUUUGCAGCACAUCGAAUCAACGUUGCCCAGGACGGGAGGGAAGUAUCUCCGAGUGGUGUUGGGUAACAUAGACGUGUCCUUUUUGAAUAAAGAUGCCAAAAUUAGAUACAAGGAUGAAUACGAAAAGUUCAAGCUUAUAUCACACAUAAUUUGCUUCGUAGUGGUGUUGAUAAAUCUGCAGGUACAUUUUAGACCGUUGGAAUUAGCCUAUUUCUUUUUCUUGGUAUGGUACUAUUGUACUUUGACCAUUCGAGAAAGCAUCCUGAAGGUGAACGGUUCGAGGAUUAAGGGCUGGUGGAGAAUACAUCACGUUAUAUCCAUCGUGACUUCAGGAAUUCUAUUAAUUUGGCCUGACAAUACUAUUUGGCACGAAUUCAGGUACCAGUUCUUCCUUUACACCAUCUACAGCUGCAUAGUUCAGUAUCUGCAAUUCAAAUAUCAAAGUGGGCAGUUGUACCGUUUGAAAGCCCUUGGAAAAAGGAAAGACAUGGACAUCACAAUCGAAGGCUUUCAUUCUUGGAUGUGGAGAGGGCUGUCCUUUUUACUUCCAUUCCUUUUCGUCGUCUACAUCGUUCAGUUCAUCAACGCAGUGACUUUGUUCAGAUUGUGCUUGUACCACCCAUACACUUGGCAUGUGCCUGCACUGAUAGUACUCUUUGUGGUGCUUUGUGUGGGAAAUACAGCCACCACAAUUAUGGUGGUACCUGACAAAUUAAAGAAGAAAAUGAUUGAUCAGUAUCGAUUGAGAAUUAACUUUCCCUCUAUUCCUUCUGUAAGUAACUUUAAUGGUACCAAAAAAUAGGUUUUUAAUUAGUUAUUGCAUCAAUAACGUUUAUUUGUGAUAUAUUUUUAGAUAAUAAAAGUUUAUUUAUGC